UUGCAACAUGUGCAUGAGUAUAUUGGGUAUACAUAGAACAAAUUCCUAAUAGCAGUAUAUACAGCGUAUGUUUUAUUGACGAUGCUGCUUUGUAAUCUAUAAUAAAUUAUAAAAUUGGAUUUCUUAGUUUUCACAUGCGUACAGAUCAUUAUUACAAGCAGUUCAUGACUAAGAAGUGUUUUCACUGCUGUCACUUUGAUCUGGGUGAAUGCUGUGGUAUUCAGAUGGUUCAGUAUUACAAGCAAACAUAUCUUUGAAUGCCUUUCUGACCAGGAUUGCCACUAAGAAUGUGCGUGCUGGCAUGAAUUGGUUUGAUCUGUGGAGGCAUGACUUCAAGGUGUGGUGGCACAGACAAGGACGAAAGAAGCAGGACUUUCCAUUGUUCAAUAAACAGAUUAUGACCAUAGAAGGUCACUUUGGGUCAGGUUUGGUGUCUUUCUUUGUGUUCACUCGCUGGCUAUGCCUCCUCAACCUUCUCCUGACUCUGUUCUGGCUCAGUUUGGUAGUGCUGCCCUCUGUAGUACACUUCAACUACUGCAACAUCACACAGCCUUUCUACAUCAGGAAUUUACUGGAUGGAGAGAUUAGGCCAUAA